GAGAAAGCCUCAAACUUGCCAGGUUCUCCGGGGCUAAUCCCCAGCAAAGCUCCCCAAGGCCGGGGCUCCCUCUGAAAAUCGGCCCGGGACUACGUAUGUCGGGGCACUCUUCGGGGUGUGGGUGCUCCAACCCUCCCCAAGGCGGGGCUCUCGCAUGCUUGGGGUGUCACACUGGAUCCCACUGCCUACCAUUGAAAAAGGACCGGACCAUAUAAAUACCCUUGGGCGUCGUUCCUUUCUUUUUACCCCUCCAGUGCGCUGCAACACCCACCUAGUACCCUGAGCGGUUCUUCAUAUUCUUAAUUUUCUUUUCCAACCGCUCCCACCAUGUCCGACGGGUUGGGUGACAAGAUCAACGGCGCGGGACCCGAUUCCUCGCACGUCGAGAAACAUGCCUUCAACAACAAGGCAGAAAUUCAGGAAGCUGUCCGCAAUGGCAGUCUCAGUGCGCCUGUCGUUGCGAACGAGAAGGCUGCUAUUGAGAUGGCGAAGCAUGGUAGCUGGGAGGUCGACGCUCUGAUUGCUCAACUGGAGGAGGAGCACAAGGUGGAAGGCUACAAGAAGGGAAUUUUCGACAUCGAGUUCAGCAACCCGAAACAUUUCACUUGGCUUCUGGUCACUUUCGCCUCCAUGGGCGGUCUGCUCUCCGGUCUCGAUCAAUCACUUAUCUCUGGCGCCAAUCUCUUCCUGCCUAAGGACCUUGGUCUUACCGACCAGCAAAACUCUCUCGUCAACUCUGGAAUGCCUCUUGGCGCAGUCCUCGGUGCUAUUCUACUUUCUCCUUGCAACGAAUGGUUCGGUCGUCGUUGGUCUAUCAUCAUCUCUUGCGUCUUCUACACCAUCGGUGGUGCUCUCUGUGCUGGCUCGAUCAACUAUGGUAUGAUCAUUACUGCUCGUAUCAUCCUUGGUGUCGGGGUUGGAAUCGAGGGCGGAACAGUGCCUGUAUACGUCGCGGAAACAGUCGAAAGAAGACUGCGUGGUAACAUGGUUUCUUUGUAUCAGUUCAAUAUUGCCCUUGGGGAGGUAUUUGGCUAUGUCGUUGCGGCCAUCUUCCUCAAAGUGCCCGGAAACUGGCGCUACAUUUUGGGCUCCUCUCUGGUUUUCUCUACCAUUAUGUUGAUUGGUAUGCUCUACCUGCCCGAGUCUCCUCGUUUCUUGAUGCACGCCGGCAAGACGCUCGAAGCAUACAAGGUCUGGAAGCGCAUCCGUGGUAUCGAAACCGCAGACGCUCGCGAGGAAUUCUUCGUCAUGAAGGCUUCGCUCGAGCAGGAGGAAGCUGAGAUUGCUGCUGGCGGUAGCAACAAGAGAUUCCCCUGGAUGGAUUUCUUCACUAUUCCCCGUUGCCGUCGUGCCAUCGUAUACGCCAACAUUAUGAUCUUCCUUGGCCAGUUUACCGGCAUCAACGCGAUCAUGUACUACAUGUCCGUCCUGAUGAACGACAUCGGAUUCGACAAGAUCCAGGCCAACUACAUGUCUCUGGUUGGCGGCGGUGCUCUCCUUCUGGGCACCAUUCCUGCUGUGUUGUACAUGGAAACCUGCGGUCGUCGCUUCUGGGCCAUUGCCAUGCUUCCCGGCUUCUUCAUCGGCCUGAUCCUCGUCGGUGUGAGCUAUGAGCUCCAGGGUGCCGGUCAGCAGGGUCUUUACCUUGCUGGUAUCAUUCUGUACCAAGGCUUCUUCGGUUCCUACGCGACCCUGACGUGGGUCGUGCCGGCCGAGGUCUACCCGACCUACCUCCGAUCCUACGGCAUGACGACUUCGGACGGCUGGCUGUUCCUGUCCUCGUUCAUCGUCACGUACAACUUCGACCGCAUGAUGAAGGCCAUGACCCGCAUUGGACUGACUCUCGGUUUCUACGGCGGCAUCGCCGUUCUCGGCUGGUUCUACCAGAUCCUGUUCAUGCCCGAGACCAAGGACAAGACGCUCGAGGAGAUUGACCUCAUCUUCCAGCGGCCGACCGGCGAGAUUGUCGCCGAGAACUGGGCUCAAUGCAAGGAGACGACAGCGGAUAUCCUGUGCGGCCGCUGGAAGAAGGUCUUUACCUUUGAGAAGCCCAAGCAGAACAUGGGCGAUGACCUGUAGAUGCUCUUGGGUGGUUGUUUGUUUGCUUUUAACGAUAUGAUAUCCGGUUUGUUUUGACGGUUUUCUCUAAUAUGGAUAUGUGGGGGUACGUGGUGGCAGCUCUGCGUGCAGCUUUGAGAUUGCUGCUGCUGGCGUGUCGUCGAUAUAUAGCUUUCAGGUUUAACGAUUGAAUAUGAGAUAAUAAUAUCCACU